AUUACCCUGUACUGGUUGAGUGCAUACUGAACUCCUUUUGCGUACUCUCUCAGUCACACGUAAACACUUGUUGUACUGCGUCAUGUCAGCAAAGAUAAUCUUUCUUCUCCUCGGAAGCUUGUGUUGUUUGGCACAAGGACAAUCAGACGCAGAUCCCUGGAAGAAGAUAAGCCUGUGGCCGGUUUGUUUCGAGGGCAGGAACGAUCGCUAUGGGUUCUUCAACUAUCUUGGGGGUGUCCCAAGACUUGUGGCAGGGAUAAAGCUCGUCCACAAAUCAGGAACGAUCAGGUGUAAGACGGAUGUGUCGAAAAACAGCAAAUGGGGCUGCUAUCGCCACUCGGAGUUCAAGGAUUACCGUCUGAACGUGGUGGUAACCGAUAGCAACAACAACGUCAUCUUCCCAAGACCAGAGUACAUCAAGCACACCUCUGGACUGUGGUACUGGUUGCCAGGUGUGGAUGAGAAUCACUCCAACGAGCUUGUGUUCACAGACUUUGCGCACCCUUUCUACCUCCCCCACAGUACUGAGUUGCGCGUAUGGUACGGGGAAGAUCUCAAGAAUUGGAACGAGAGGGAUAAUCAAGGAAAAGUGUGUGUCGAUGUAUUUGCGCACUAUAUGUGAUAAACCACGUCUAUGCGAAAAUAAAACAAUAAGGGAAUAUAAA